UCUCGCUGUUUCAUGUAGUUUGCGAGAAAUGUCGUCUUUUGCUACUUUUCAGGUUCAGGUGGCCUCCAUCAUGGACGCUUUAGCGAAAACGGCGGCAGCAGAAAUUACUAAAUUAGUUGAUGAUGGGUCUGCUGUUUGGCGAUUGGAGAUGAGCAGAAGCCAAAGAGAGAACGAAGCGCUAAAAGCGAAGUUACUGCUGAUGGAGGGAGAGCUCAGGGCUGUGCGAGGAUACGGAGAGGGAACGCCGGACAAUUCUCUAAAACUCUCAUUUGAAGUUCCGGUUUGCGACGAAUUCACAGAAGCACAAAUACACACUUCAGGGGCAGCUGCUGCUAAUAAUGGUGAAGGGCCCCUCUGUAAGGAGGAGGAGCUGCACAUGCAACCCUGCCCUGCAGGAGACCCAGAAAAGGAGCUGCAAGCAGAACUCAAACAGGAGCCAGAGGAGCAGCCUCUCACCCCCACACUCCCCCUGCUGGAGUCCGCAGACUGGGGGAUGGAGCUCCAGACAGUGUGGAGCAAGGCCAACAGCUUAGAAAUUUCUCUGGAAAAAAACAGACAGUGCAUAGGAAGCUUGGAGCUAGUUGAUGCCCGGUUAGAUGACGACUUCUCUCCUCCGCAUUACACAGCUCGGAGGCCACGGUCGGAGAAGGGCGAGGGGUCAGCAUCACAACAACAGAAACAAAAUGGCCGCCCCCUCUACAAUGAGUGCUCUUAUGGGCUGCCUGAUGAGGUUUCAGCAGAGCUGGCAUUCCCUCUGGGUUCUCCAGGAGAGUGUGAUGGAAGCGCCCUGUGUGAGGCGAGUUCUGACACGUCAGCAGAAGCAAAGAGUCCCUGCAGAACUGAGGGACAGGAGGAGGAGUUCAUCUGCACACGCUGUGGGAAGACGUUCCCGGACGCUCUUGAACUGAAGGCACACGAGGAGCAGCACAGUGCGGGGAAACAGUUCAGCUUCUCUGUGUGUGACCAGAGCUUCUCCCAGUCACAUGUCCUUCAAGCGCACAAAAGCACUCACACUGGGCGAUACGUUUGUACAAAGUACAGAAAAGCCUACCAGCUCGUUCACACCAGAGAGAAAUCCCACUGCUGCAAAGAGUGUGGGAAGAGCUUCAACCGACUAGGUAAUCUUAAAACUCAUCAAAGGGUCCACACCAAAGAGAAACCGUUCACUUGUGAGCUGUGUGGAAAGUGCUUCUCCCUGAAGGGCCAUCUUAAAUCUCACCAGGUGAUUCACACAGGAGAGAAAUGCUUCAGCUGCACAGUGUGUAAUAAGAGCUUUGCCUAUCUCAGUGUUCUUAAGCAACAUCAGAGAAUCCACACAGGGGAAAAACCCCACUGCUGCAACGAGUGUGGGAAGAGCUUCAACCGACUAGGUAGUCUUAAAUCUCAUCAAAGCGUCCACACCAAAGAGAAACCCUUCACUUGUGAGCAGUGUGGAAAGUGCUUCUUCCUGAAGAGCCAGCUUAAAACUCACCAGGUGACUCACACAGGAGAGAAAUGCUUCAGCUGCACAGUGUGCAAUAAGAGCUUUUACAAACUAAGUCUUCUUGUAUCUCACCAAAGGGUCCACACGGGGGAGAAACCGUUCAGUUGUGAGCAGUGUGGAAGGUGCUUCUCCCAGAAGAGCCAUCUUAAAACUCACCAGGUGAUUCACACAGGAGAGAAAUGCUUCAGCUGCACAGUGUGUAAUAAGAGCUUUGCCUAUCUCAGUGCUCUUAAGCAACACCAGAGAAUCCACACAGGAGAGAAACUCCACUGCUGCAACGAGUGUGGGAAGAGCUUCACCCGACGAAGUAAUCUUAAAACUCAUGAAAGGGUCCACACCAGGGGGAACACCAUUCAGUUGCACACUGUGCAGCAGGAGUUUCUCCCAGAAUCACACUCUUCAGAGACUCGUACUUUCUCACAAUCAGGACUCCAGACUAAUAAUGUCCCGGGGACAAUAAACAAUGUGUUUGGGAUUAACUGACAUCAUUCCCGGGACACCUUUAGGACGACAAUUUAUUUAUUAAAAAACUUUUUUAAGGUUAAAUGUUCAUCACCUUACUCUGAGCCAGUUGAGCACCCAUCCCCUCUCCCCUCUCCCCUCUCACUGGCCAGCAGUUGGCACUGCUUUACCCGCAAAAUCAAUUCCUGUGGCACAUGCCAACCUUACCUGCUUGUACAACAAUCUCUCUCUGUGCAACGUGUUGUGCUAUUUGAAGAGACUGAGAGCAGUAGAUGGGUAUCUGCACAGACAGAAGGAAGUGGGUCCUAUAGUGGCAGCAGUAAGGUAGGUAAGGUUACUAGGCUAGCAUUACGGCAAACCCAAGUCUAGCCUACUGUCGUGAUAUAGAACAGUAAGACUUUGUUUUAGGGGCGGCCUCUAUCGUAGUGGUUAAGGUAAAUGACUGGGACACGCAAGGUUGGUGGUUCUAAUCCCGGUGUAACUGCAAUAAGAUCCGCACAGCCGUUGAGCCCUUGAGCAAGGCCCUUAACCCUACAUUGCUCCAGGGGAGGAUUGUCUCCUGCUUAGUCUAAUCAACUGUACGUCGUUCUGGAUAAGAGCGUCUGCCAAAUGCCAAUAAUGUAAAUGUAAAUGUAGGCUGCCGGUGUGGAUACAAAAUUCUUGUCACCUGAUUUACAAAUCUGGCAUCGCUCCCUUUCUACUUCCAGUGUCAUCAUGAUGUUUCAACCCCUUAUUGGAUACAACGCUAUCACGUGAUUGUGUAUUUUGAAGCUUUGUUCUGUGCCUGCUAGCAUGUAUUUUCAGUUAUGUUAGUUAUCGUCCGGGCCACCGGGAAAACUACCAGCUUCAUGAAGACGAGCAUUGUAUAGCACGUCCGGUGUUCAGAUUAAAAGAUCGCUAUGUUAUUUGAACUGUGACGCUGUACAUUUUUACUGCAGUCUCAACUGUUGCAUGAAUUGCUUGCUUUCUUAGGGCGCUAGCCAGCAUGAGCUUGGAGUGUAAGCCGACUCGGCAUAGCUGUUUGCUCAGCUAUCUUGUAUUUUGCUGUACAAAUUUGUUAUUUUAUUUACCCACGCCCCCUCUCAUUCUGCUUCUUUGGCUAAUCUGUAUACUUAUUUUCAUAUCUGUAUUCCUGUACUUGUA